AUGAAGCAAUGCGAUUGUAAUAUUUAUGAUACUACCGCUGCACCAGCAUCUCCUUUGGAGCGUGGCCCCGGCGAGACAAACACUAGGGUGCUUGAUUCUGGUAAAAAUAAAAUAGAAAAACAUGUUUCUUUCGAUACUUCUUCUUCUUCUCUGGAGCCACCCUUUCCCAAAAUCCCAAGGUGUGUGUUGAUGCACACAUAUUUAUUCCAAAAGGAAAUUUGUUUAGACGUUGGUGUGGAAAACCUUGCCCGGGGCAUAGUACACCCAACAAGCGCACUGCUUGAUUCAGGCGCUAACAGAAUCUUCAUAGACCAGGACUGGGCGGAGCAGAUUGGACUCCCCCUUGUAAAAUUAGAUGUAUCUAUUCCC